GCUCUAACCUCAAAACAAAAAACAAAAACAAUUGAAGUCCCACUUCAAUAAAUGAUCCUCUAAUCAGCAAAGCAAUCCCAAAGCAAAGAUUAUUUUUCUUUUCCCUCUCUUGUCUUCUUCUUCUUCAUCUUUCCAUAAAUCCAACCUUAAAAAUCCUUAACCUUUUCAAUCUCAACAACUACAUGUAAUAAUUUGUUCAUAUUCUUAAAAAAAUGGAGGGUUAUAGAUCCAUGUCUUGCAGAGAUGGAAGAACACAAAUAACUGAACACUAUGAAGAAGAUGAUGAAGAUGAUCAUAAACCAGCACCAAGAUCAGGCAUGCAAGAUUUAAGAUCUUACAGUGUUAGCCAUGCAGGUUCAGUUCAGCUUGGCAAGGAGUUGAAGAUCAAGAAAGGAAAAAAUAACAGUAAUCUUGGUUCAUCAUCUUCUUUAAAGAAUUGGAGUUUUAAUGAUCCUGAAUUGCAGAGGAAAAAAAGAGUUGCUAGCUACAAAGUUUAUUCCGUGGAAGAGAAAAUGAAAGGUUCUUUCAGGAAAAGUUUUAGAUGGAUCAAAGAUUCUUACACUCAAGUUGUCUAUGGGUGGAGGUAGGUGACUUGUAGAUUUUUCGGAGAUGAGAGCGUUUGUGGGAGGAAUUAAAUCCGUAAUCUAGCAGAAUGCUGUUUAACGUUUAUACCAUUUGAGUUAUAAUUGUCUGUGUUGUUUUAUGUUUAUGUUGUUUUAAGUUUAUUAUGAUGAUGAAUCUAUAGUUUUCUGUGUUGAGCUAGAUCUGGGAUGUUGGAGUUUUUACUAAAUGUGUCAGUUCUUGGAUUUUAAAGGUUAAUAAUUUUGGUGAA